UCAGUGGUAGUGUGUAUGCGCUUGCAACUAAAUCGAAUAGUUGAAAGAAAUAUUUCGAGUAGAAAAGCGGAAUUUUUACAGCGUUCCUACAUUUCCCUCGAGCUGGCGGCGGGUGCAGGCGGCGGCGCCAAUAAAAGAUUGCAAAUUUUAUUAGAAAAUGUGUGGGUCUGUUGCAGCGGGGCGGACGUGAGUGUGCCGAAGAGCGCGAGUGGAAAGGAAGUGCGUCGGUUUAGAAGCGUUUUGUGUUGUGAUUCUUGUUGUUGGCGCCGCGUUGCUGCUCUGUCACAUAUUUACAAGAAAAAAGUAAAAAAAAUUAAAAAAAAGUAAAAGAAGAAAAAAUCAGUGCGUGCCCAUUAAAGACGUGUAUAAAGAGAGUGCUUUCGAAAAAAAUUAACAAAAAAAAAUUGUUGCGCGUCGCGGUCCAGUGAAACGCCAAAGUGACACAAGCAACGCGUAAAACUGCAAUCGAAUUGUUGUGGCCGAAAUCGUUGCAACAUUCGAUGGCAAGUGUGGCACUAUACGCAAGGGGCAACGCGCGCAUACUAGUGCAAUAUAAAACCGUAAAACGAACAUAAUAAUUUGCGUGUAUUUGUUGUGUAAAAUGCGGCCAAUUGAGCGAAAAUGACUGAGACGCGCAAGCAACGCAACGCGCGCCAAACACACCAAGUGAAUAAUAAGCGAAAACACAAAUUUAAGAAACGGCGGAAAACACGCGCGCGUGGCGAACAAAAAACAAGUAAACCAACAGCAGCAAACAAUGAUAAUGGAGCGCUCGCCAACACAACAACACGUGGAAUCGGUUUCAGGUGAUGCGCCCAAAAAGCCGCCGCGCUUGAAAGCCAGCAACAGCGACAGGCGCGUGGGGGGUGACGUGAACGCUGGAGAACACAGCAUUGCGGUGCAGAGUAUGGACAAGCCGGGUAAUGGUAAAUCGAAGAAACGCCUACAAUUCCAUAGUCCGUUACUGACGGCGUCAACUACUGCACCGCACCACCCAGCACCAGCAGCGGCGACACGGUCAACACAUGACAUUGCCAGCGAAAGCGUUAAAGAAGACUACAGGCAACGCGGUAUGCAUGCCAAACAGCGCGCCAGCAGAAGAAAUAAAGGAAGAACAGCAACGCCAACUGUUAGUGAUAGUGUGGCAGCUUCUACUGCAACGCCUAUAUUUCCUGCGAGACCGACUUCGACACCGACACCGUCGGCUAUAAAAAACGUCUACGCGUUGACAGCGCGCAAAGCGACAGCUGCUGCAGCGAAAACACCAGCAUCAGCGCCAGCAACAAAAACAACAACAACGGCGACAGCUGUAUGCGACAUCAAGGUUGGCGGCGAGGGCGUUGACGAAGGCGGCGCGCAAAUCCGCUUGGCGCGCGGCUGCACAAGCCUUAUGUAUGCAUGUCAACAUGGCGACAUUGCCGAAGUUUUGGCACAGCUGCGUUCGCGGCCGGAACGCAUACGUCAACGUGACAGUCGCAACAAAAACGCACUACACUAUUGUGCCGCGCAGAACGCAGAGACACGUGAACUCGUGGCGGCUGCCAGCAUCGCCGUCGCAGCUCCAGAGUUGCUGGAGUCUGCCGACGAGGAUGGCUUUACGCCGCUUCACUUGGCUGUUAUUCAGGGCAACUUGGCGAUGGUCAAUUUGCUGCUGGCGAAUAAAGCCGACGUGAAUGCGGUCGAUAACGAGGGCCACUCUGUGGUGCAUUGGGCGACGGUUUGCGGUGAAGUGGAGGCUUUGCGUUCGGUGCUGGCGGCUGGUGCGAAUAUUGCGAUUCCCGAUUUGAACGGUGGCACGCCACUACAUUACGCGGCGCAGAUGUGUGGCGCCAGUGUUGACAACAAAGUGGGUCAGGCUAAUGCCACUAAGCUGGCGUUGGAGAUACUCGGCAUUCUGCUUUCACACCCGCAUUCCAGUGUUGACGUACAGGACAAAGAUGGACGUCAGCCGCUGUUGUGGGCCGCUUCGGCAGGUUCCGCGAAAGCUGUCAUUGCUCUGGUGAAGGCUGGUGCACGUGUAGAAAGCGCAGAUAAAGAUGGGUUGACGGCGCUACAUUGUGCGGCCUCACGUGGGCACACCGAAUGUCUUGACACGCUGAUAAGCCUUUGUGGCGCGCCAACGGACCUGAUUGAUUCGAACGGUUGCACGGCCUUGCAUUACGCUGUGACACUGGGACAUGCAGAUGCCACCGCACGUCUGCUCGAUUUAGAUGCCGAUCCGAAUCGGCAAGACCGCAAGGGACGCACACCGGCGCACUGUGGCUGUGCGAAGGGCCAAUUCGAAACGGUCAAACUGCUGAAGGAACGUGGCGCUAAUUUGUGGUUGCGCAAUGCUAAAGGCGACUUGCCGGUGCAUGAGGCGAGCUCAUCGGGCAGACGCGAGCUUGUCGAGUGGUUGUUGGAACAGCGACCCAAGCAGGUUAAUACCACAAGCAAUGACGGACGCAGUCUCCUACAUAUUGCCGCGAAUAAUGAUUACACCGAUGUGUGUAAAAUGCUGCUGGACUAUGGCGGUGAUAUCAAUGCCAUAUAUCGCAGUAGCAAGGGGAUGGUUUUCACACCGCUCGACUGCGCCUUGCAAAAGGGACAUCGCGCAACUGCCAAAUUUCUACAGUCGCAUGGCGGUUUGCCAGCCAGUAAGCUGCGCUUGGCAGCACGACGGGCGAAUCCAUUUAACGAGGUCAGCAGCGAUAUGGUGCGUCCGUUGCGAUAUGUGGAGAAGGAAGAGCUGCAUGAUUUACAAAACUCCAAAAAAUAUGUUGUCUACCUGAAACACUCGGAUUCGGAUGGUGCUGGUGGCGAGGGCGACAGCAACUGCAGCUGCCACGAGCGAACCUAUCGCAGAGAACAAAAGUUUGCCCACACCUGUCGGCGUCAUCAACACAGUCGACGGCGGCAAAGUCGACGACGCACCAGCAGUUGUGGUGAGCCGAAAGAUUGUCACCAUCAUGACGACGGGGAUGUUGAUAUUUGUCGAUCUAAAAGUAAUAUAGAGAUAAGGCGUCGAAAGUCACGUGAGCGUUACGCUAGCUCAAGCGAAUGGGAGGAUAGAGCCGAGGAAGACAAUGAAGAUGACGAAGAUUCUUGUGAGAAUUGUUGCUAUCACAAGCGGCAGAAGCAACGUGUUAUACGAAGGAAGUCCAUAUCAUCACGUCGUUCAAAAGAGCGCGAUGGACGAGAACGUGGCAGUGAAAAAGAGUCUUCACCAGAGAAAAGUAAGGUAAGAGAGAUUGAAGUGGUACGAGAACACGCAGAAAAAGCGCCAGACAUGAAGGCGGAUUCAGCAACACAACCGAGUGAAGGUAAAGAAGAGGCUAAAGAAAAAGGCAGUCGUCCACAAUCGGCUACAGAACGUUUGGCAGCUAAUACGCCGGGUAUCACAGCAAAGGAAGCAACAUUUAUUAAGUCCACGCAGCAAACUGAAACACAAUCGAUGGAGUUGACGGAUGAAGAUGGUAAACCAGGAGCUGAGUUAGUAACUACUCAAGUAGAUGUGCACCAAGAAGCAGACGCUGCUUCUUUGGCGCCACCGCAGACAGACCUUGCAGAAAAGCUUCCGGCUGAAGAGGUUAAUAAUGAGUCGGAAGAUAUGACCACGCUGGCAGAUGAGAUGAGAAAAGAAGUCGAUCAGGUAAUGAAAAUAGCUGCGAUGGCGCUUGAAAGCGAUGCACAGAUGGGGGAAAAAACUAAAGAGAUGGAAGAGCUAAAGGGAAAGCCUGAUGAUGUGGAAAAUAAAGAGUUAACAGAAACAGCGGCGGAAACAGUGGAGAAAACUGAAGCACCAGCUAUCACCCAACCUGAAGAAGCCACAAAAAUUGUACCUAAUCUAACAGAAACUCCAGCAACGCCAAUACCAACACCAUUGCCAAGUCCCAUAGCUGCAGUAACAGCUGAAGAACCUCCUACUUCAGCUGCUGCGACCACCACGCCAACUCAAGCUGAUGAACCACCGUCUAAAGCCGAAGAAAUCAAUAUAUCGGAAACUGCAACUGCACCAGAUGCCGCUGCAACUGAAGCAAUGCCAGUUGAAACCAAUGACUCAACUGAAGUAGCAGAAACUUCCAAAACCGAACCAGCUGCUGCAAUUACUUCCGAAGAAAAACCCGCAGCAGAACCAACUACACUUCCGUCUAACAAUACUUCCGUUAAGCAAUCGCCGCAAGUUGAAGCACAAAAACCGCCGCGUGAACUGGAACCCCGGCGUUCGUUUACCUUAUUGCCCUCGGAUUCAGCUGAAGAUGAGGGUGCCGAAGAAGUCGUGCGUAAAUCAAGCUUCCAAAUUUUGAAAAGUGAUGAAUCAGGCGGCGAAAGUGGCAGGCACCAAGAGGAGCUCGAACUCAGCGACUCGCAGGUCUUCAAAAUUGUUUCCGAGCCACAAAUGCGCUUAGCUAAGCCAUACCCAGAAACGGAAGCAAGCUCCAUGGACGACGAACAUAGAGAAGCUGCUGCUGGCGAUUAUGAACAAGAUGAAGAUCACAUAGAUGAGGACUACGAAAACGAGGAACUUAACAAGAAUGCAGCAGGUGUGCUCAAUCGUCACGGUGUGGGUAACGCGGAGGGUGCAUUGCCCAGCAGCGCCGUACUCGGUGUCUACGAUUACUCGAACGGACGUAAACGUCGUUUGAAGAAGCGUGUGCGAAGCGGCCCAAAAACGCGUAGCAAUUGGAAAACCAAGACAGACAUUACCGAUGGAGAUGACGAGCAGACGGGAAGUUAUGCGCACGCUGCCCAAUCCAGCAAAGAUCACGAUUCCGGUUUCGAGCCAAGUCCACGUGCUUCGAAGAGCAAAAUACCAACACCACGAAAUAUAUACACGGCACAUGUGCCGCGACGUCACACCUACGCCACACUCGAUGGUCGCUCGCGCAGCGGUCGUGUGGAAGGGCGCAAGCCGGGCGAUCGCGGUGCCACCGAUAUGACCGCGGUAACGCGCUCCAUACAACGCAACAUCAGAAGGUAUUACAUGGAGCGCAAGAUCUUCCAACACCUGCUGGAAUUGAAGUCCCUGCAAAUACGCUCCACCAAACUGAACGAAGCCGUGCUGGUGAAGCGCGCCGUUGACGAUUACCACAAAUCAUGUGCCGCGCUGGGUGGUGAGACGGGCACACGCUUGCGGCGCUAUCCAUUCAGCGAGUACACAUUCAAGAAUUUCGAGUUGUUCCUCUACGAGACACUGAAGGCACUGCAGAAGCCGGGCACCUAUAAUUUCCAGAACAUCAACGAGGUUUACGAGGAGGCGGAACGCCGUUUGAGUCCCGAUUACAACGCUUACGAGAAGGCGCUACAGUGCACCACCAAGACCCACCGCUGCCUGCACGCUGCCCACGCCUACACCGGCAUACCGUGCGCCGCUUACAUACCCAUGAUGAACCAUCACACAAUGCCGAAGUUCGGUUUUGGCGCGUACAAGAAGACCGGUGUGGGGAGUUUCUAUCUGCCGAAGAUACUGACCAGCGGCGGUUGCGGCGGCACGGGUGGCAGUGGCGGUUGUGGUGGCGGCAAAGUUGCGCUGGAGCUAUCGCAUGGCAAGAGCAAACAACUUAUUUCACUGCCCUCGGACAAGUUGGACAGUAAUAAACGGUACUACGUCACAUUCACCGUGAAGGAGUCGGGCGGCAACGGUGGCGGUGGCAGCAGUGCUGCGAUGGGCGCCACAACUGCGGCAGGUUGUGGUGGUGGCAGUGCAACGGAUGCCGCCGGUGUUGCAGCCGAUAAACAGGCAACUGGCGGAUGUUGCGGUGGCAACGAUGCAACCGGAAAGUAAAACAACACAAACAAUCAACCCAAACGCUUGCUGUUCGCUGUCUACUCCACUAGCCACGCACUUCCACAUCAGCCGGACAAGUUAAUAACAAACGGAAAUCAAAUGCAAUAAUGUCGUGUGCACUUCCGUCGCGCGCCCGCCUUGCAUGUUGGUGGCCAGCAAGCGGAGCGCAUUGAGUUGUAGCGAGUAAGAGAGAGGGAGGGAGAGUGCGACGGUUAUUGUGUGUGUUGUGGGGGGUAACAUUUCUUGCUCGUGAAAGCGCUAAACAGCGCUGCGUAAAAACUUUAUUUUUUGAUAGCUGCAUUAACACACAUAUAUUUGUAUACAUAUGUAUAUAUCAGUAUACAUAUAUAUAUGGAAAAAUUGGAGGAUAUUAGCGCGCAGCACGGAUUUAUUGCUUCAUUGGUUGCAGUUAAACUUUCGCCAGUUUUGUGCUUAGUUCUCUUUGUUUUUUGAUUAUUCGAUGCUGUUGAAGAUUGUUGUUGCUUUACAGUGAAGCAUUAAUACCCUACACGAUUGUGUUGCAGAUUGGUUACGCAAUUACAAUUUUCGCCAAUUUUGAGUUGAGCUCUUUUCACCACUAAUUUUAUGGGUGAUUAACAAUUAUAUUAAUAUAUUUUCCAAUUAUUACAGUUAUUAAGUGAAAUAUUAGAAAGUCGGUUGCUGGCCGAAAUGCGAGUGAACUGGUUUCGCUGAAGAAUUUGUUGCUCUCGGGAAGUCAGGCAGGCAGCACGCUAUAAUCAAAAAUAUAUAAUUAAAUAAUAAAUAUAAAUAUAAUUUCAUAUAUUUUUAAUAUAGUUUGGACUUUCUUCGUUCAAAGUAAUAAACUAUGUC